GCCUUUUAAGUCACGGCCAUUGCUAUUACCUGCCACAAAAUGUCCACAGUGCAGAUUAUCGACCAGGAUAAGACCUUUAACCAGGAGGUACUUCAGUUUAUCGACCAGACGACUCAGGCGACCGGCGGUGUGAGGGAGAUCAGCCUCAACUUCCACGUGAUUUCCGUGUUCGGAUCGCAGUCGUCGGGCAAGUCCACGUUGUUGAACCAGUUAUUCCAGACGCGGUUCGACGUGAUGGAUGAGCAUAGCAGACAGCAGACGACGAAGGGAAUCUGGAUGGGGCACGCGAGGGCGGUCGCCACAACCAGCAACCCCGCAGCUGCUACUGGCCUGGGCUACGUCCCCAACUCUUCCCACAUCCUCGUCAUGGAUGUGGAGGGUUCCGACGGUCGCGAGCGUGGGGAGGACCAGGACUUUGAGCGCAAGGCUGCGCUCUUCGCCUUGAGCACCUCCGAGAUUCUCAUUGUCAACAUCUGGGAGAACCAGGUGGGCUUGUACCAGGGGGCCAACAUGGGCCUCUUAAAGACCGUCUUCGAGGUUAACUUAUCGCUCUUCCAGUCUUCCAGUCACAAGACCUUGCUCUUGUUUGUGAUCAGAGACCACGUGGGCAACACCCCAUUGGAAAACCUCUCCAACACCCUUACCACGGACCUCAAGGCGAUCUGGUUGCAGUUGAACAAACCAGCCGGGGCGGAAGGUGUGCAGUUGGAUGACUUGUUUGAUUUGAAAUUCCACGCCUUGGCCCAUAAGGUUCUCCAGCCGGAGAAGUUCGUGGAACAGGUGGCAUUGCUCGGUGACCGCUUGAUCGAAAAUAAUGAAGAUUACUUGUUUAAGCGGGAGUACAGCCACGACUUGCCGAUCGACGGUUGGACAAUGUAUGCGGAAAAGUGCUGGGAGCAGAUUGAGUCGAACAAGGACCUUGAUUUGCCGACGCAGCAGAUUUUGGUGGCGAGGUUUAAGUGCGAGGAGAUUGCCAACGGGGCGUACGCGGAGUUUGAAAAGAGAUAUGUGGAAGAGUUUGGUGAGGUGGACUUCCUAACGGGAGUUGAGACCGAUUCCCAGGACGAGACCGCGGCUGGGGGCCUUGCAGCAAAAAUGGUUACCCUUCGCAACGCCGGGUUGGAAGACUUUGACACGCUUGCUUCGCGCUACCACAAAGAUGUCUAUAUGGAAAAGCGUUCCGACCUCGCGGCCAAGAUCGAUGCCCGCUUAAAGCAGGUCCACGGAUCCUUCCUCGUCGCCUUGAGGCAGUCCUCCUUGCACAACUUUACGGCCACUUUUAAAACCCGCACGAACGAACCAUUCUUGGCGAUUUUGGCCAAGGCUCGCGCGGCUUGCCACGACACCUUUGUUGCCAGUGCCGCUCUUGUCUCGCUCGACGGGCUCUUUGACAGCUCUUCUGAAUUGAGACAAUUGGAAUCCGCUUUGGAUGACCUUGCGGUGGCUGAGAGGGCGAAGGAAGUGGAUUCGCUAGUGAACAAGUCGAUCAAGCGGAUCACCCCGGCCUUGAAGGAGAAUGUGACGGAUUUAUUGUCAAAACCUGAUGAAAACGUCUGGGGUGGUGUUUUGGUCGUGUUCCAAGAGUCUCUUUCCUCAGUGACCGCGCGGUUUGCGACAGACGAUGGGUAUGAUUUUGGCUUAGGUGACGCUACGAGUUCCAGUGAAUUGUUGUUCCAGAUCCGUCGCAACGCGUGGUUAGCGUUGAACUCCAUCGUCCAUGAGUUCAUCCGCGAAGACAACAUGGUGCUUUUGCUCCGUGAUAUCUUUGAGGAGUCGUUCAGGUAUGACGAUGAGGGGUUGCCAAAGUUGUGGAAAGAUGCUCGCGAGAUUGAUGUUGCCUACAGGGUCGCCAAGGAGCGGGCCGUGGCGGUUUUGCCGGUGCUAGCGGUCGCGAAGCUUGCCGAUGGGACGGCUAUUGUCCCGGAUAUUGAAAUCGAGGAAGACGACGAGUUGGAGAACUUUUCGCGUCUCUUAUCGUCAAAGAGGGUGGAGACGAUCAAAGGCAAGUUCAAGAAGCAAUCCGAUGCGAUCUUCUUUGAAGCGAAGCGGUCGAUCAUCCAAUCGGUGUCGCAGAUUCCGUACUACAUUUAUCUCAUCAUCGCGGUUCUCGGUUGGAACGAAUUCAUGGCUGUGUUGCGUAAUCCGUUCUUCUUCAUUUGGCUUGUGACCUUCACCGCUGUCGCGUUUACCAUCCAUUACAUGGGCUUGACCGGGCCGGUUUUGGCUGUGAUCAACACUACGGUGCACAAGACGAUUGAGGUAGGCAAGGCCAAGUUGAAAGAAGUGUUGGUCGCUGGGGAUGAGCCAAGGGAGGAGAUUGAGAUGGAGGAGUUGAGCGACAAGGGAAAGAAGGAGUAGUGUACAAAUCAUAUUGCAUUGGAGCAGGUGUAGGGAUAGGUAAGGGUGGCUAAUUUACAGCCUACAGUGCUAGUGUAGUCCAAGUUUAUUGAUUGUGCUGUUAGUGAGGUAUACUUGUAUCCCAGCUAUUAAGUUGUCUCCCUGAGGGACAACAUCAAAUUGGUGAUAAAGUAUUUUUGUCGAGUUCAGGUCAAGUACAGUGUCUUUAUGGUAUCAAGUCUCCAUUUUAUCCUCAUUCAGUCUGCAUAAUCCCACUCCUCCGCGUAUAACGAAGCAGGUAAUUAGUGUGGUAGGAAUAUUAUCCAUCUUGGAGGGAUAGGUCUGGUAAGGAGUGUUGCAUAAAUUUCAAAAGCGAGUUGGCACCACAAGUGAUUGACGUUAUCAAACUUCUGAAUUAUGUGGAAAUCAG